CACACAAGCGCAGCACGAGACACACGUUAAACCGUUCUAGUUGCUUUUACUGUGUGAUUCGUUCUCUUUUCCCCACUGUAAGCUAUAAAAAAUACAGCAUUCGCACACGCACACACACGUUCAUAGUGUUGAUUCUCUCACUCUCUUCUUGGAACUGUUGGUUGAGAAUCCUAACUCGCUUGUCUCAACGAACCGUACGUAAGCAGCCCCUUCUCGCUCUCGCAUCCAAGCAAGCAUUCGCACGCUGUUUCAAGCUCACAACGAACCGUGGCAUCGAGACCCCCGACUCAGUUCUCUCAGCGAACUUCGUACGUACACUGAUUGAAAAAUUCGACUCACUUCUGCCAACCUUCGCUCUCGUGUGUUAGUUUCGCUGGAAUCGUUCUAGAAGCUGGCUGCACACGUUGCGGUAAACAGGAGUGCAAAUUAUCGUUUAAGAAGUUUGAGCGCCAUUUUUUGCGUAUAAAAACGCCUUUACCAGGGUAAAAUAACCACGAUGGAUAAUCCUUUUACACCAAAACGUAUGGGAAAGCAAUGCGUCAGCACCGUUUGGAACCACUUCACAAACAUGAACGGUAAAGGCGCUAAAUGUCGCCAUUGCUUUCGAUCGAUAGCAUUUUCAAAGGGUUCUACUUCCAACCUAAAGCGGCAUCUAUCGGCCAAACAUCCCAACAUUCAGCUUUUCCGAAAGCUACACCCCAACAAAGGCAUGCACCAAGACGAUCCUGAUCCUCUCGCCGUUUCGUCUGUAGCAGUGAACGCAACUGAUGAUAGUAUGAACCAGCUAGAUACGUUGGGACUGCCUGGGAGCUGUACUCAGCUGGAUGCUUACAUUCCACAGUCAAUGACAGAUGAAAAGCAUCGCGAGAUAGACUCAUUGUUGAUUGAAUUUAUUUGCAACGAAUAUUUACCCAUCUCAAUAGUGGAAAGUGCAUCGUUUCAGACUCUAGUGAACAGUCUCAACUCAGAUUACAUACUUCCCAACAGACAAUCAGUAUCAAAUGCGCUACUGCCCCAAACGUACGAAGAGAAGCUGAAAACCGUUAAAGGCGAACUGUUGGCUGCCAAAUCGGUGGCUUUAUCGUCGGAUUACUGGACAAAUAGUAGUACCAACACUCACUAUAUGGCCCUAACUGGACACUUCAUCGAUCAGAACUUCAAGCUAACGUCCAGACUUUUGGAAUGCUCUGAAAUUCCAAGCGAUUUUAGCGAAGAAAACAUCGCCCAAUGGGUUUCGAAGGUAAUGAAGCGAUUUAACAUCGAUAACAAGGUUGAAAUUAUUGUCACGCAAAAUUCCCGCAUGGCCAAAGCUGCGGAUGACUAUACGAAUCUUAGGCGGCUGCCAUGCUUUGCCCACAGCCUGAACCAAAUCGUGCAGGAAGCAAUCGCCAACUCGAUACAAUCCACUCUAGCGAAGGUGAAGCAUACUGUGCAACAUUUUAAAACAAAUUCAAAGGCGUCACAGCUCCUGAUGCAACUACAAAAUCAGAAAUCUGUAAAGUUGAAGCUAGACUUUCCAGCGCGGUGGAAUUCUACGUACGACAUGGUGGAUCGGUUUCUGCAAAAUAAAACUUCAUUACAGUCGUACUUCGAUCUGUUUAAACCGGAAAUAACCAUACAGAACUACGAGUGGCCAGUGCUAGAGCAAGCGUUGGAAGUACUAAACGUAUUCAACAAGGCAACUGAUUUUAUAUGCGUCGAAAAAUCUGUCACCAUCUCUCAUGUUGGUGUGCUGCGAAAAAUGCUACUAGAGCACCUGACCAGGUUUGCGGACAGAGAUGAAAUAGUGUCCGGCGUUCGAACUAUGAUCUGUACGCUGCAGGAAGGUUUGAUAAACCAGCUCGAUCCAUUUAAGGAAUGCACGUUCGUUACCCAAUCAAUGCUAUUAGACCCGCGAAUUAAGAAGAAAGGAUUCCGAAACGAACCGGAAGAAUACCAACAGGCGUACGAAACGAUCAUUAGUGAACUGAUGGCCAUUCAGGGAGCAUCUCAGGAAAACAAAAAACCAUCUUUCAGCAAUGAACCCAAGGGUGGCAAUAACAUAUAUAGGGAGUUUUUGGAUUGGGACGAUGACGAUGAGGAAGAUGAACUAAACAACCCGAGACAGCUAGCUGUGCACGAGUUUGACAUGUAUCUUAAAGAGCGCAUUAUAAACACUGACGAAGACCCGCUGCUUUGGUGGCAAGCGCAUAAUUUAAAGUAUCCCACUGUCUACAAUCUAGCGAUCAGAGUGCUUAACGUUCCUUGCUCAUCUAUUCCCUGUGAACAACUAUUUACCAAGGCAGGACAGGAACACUCACAAAAACGGGAAAGAUUGUUACCGAAACAAUGUGAGAAAGUUAUGUUCAUCCAAUACAAUGUAUAAGUGACAUAUUCGUGAAAGUAAUCGCAUACUUUUUUUGAGUAUGUAUCAACAAUAAAGUAAGAAAAUUCAUGAGCUCACAACGAA